AUGCUGCGCUCUUCAUUGUCUCGUAGCGUCUCCUCUUCGGCAUCCGUGUCUCGUUCGCAGGCUCGGAGAACGGACACGAAGUUAUUGGCAGAGGAGCUCUUGCAGAAUCCGCCAUCAAGCUCUCGCAAAGUCCCGGCUAUCUCAUCUCCGCACACAGCUACCGCUUUCAAGAACAGUGAUGUUCCGACCUCCACGACAUCAGUACCUCCCUCUUAUGCCAUGUCAGAGAGAUUGAUGAAACUGGCACUCAAGCAGGAAGUUGAUAAGGCCAAUGCUCAUGCGCCUCAGCGUAACACGACGGGAUUGUUCAAGGCAGCAUGCUCGACAGACUUGCUGUUUCUGAUCGAUACCACAUGUUCCAUGGACCCAUAUCUCAACUCGGCGAAAGAGCAGGUCAAGAGCAUCGUCAAGGAUAUCAAAAAGACUUUUCUCAACGAGUCCGACGUCCGCAUCGCUGUGGUCAGCUAUAAAGACCAUGGAAGUGCAAUCAAUAUCGAGUUCCUCGACUUUACAAGAUCCACAGAUGAAGUGUUCGUGUUCCUGGAUGGGCUUGAAGCUGAAGCAGGAGGCGAUCCGCCUGAAGAUGUUCUCGGUGGCAUCUAUCAGGCGCUUCAAGCAUCAUGGAAGCAACAAACGCGCUGCAUGGUCCAUAUUGCAGACGCACCGCCGCACGGCCGUGGACUGCAUGACUUGAAAGAUCAAGACGACUAUUACCUGCCAGGCAGCGAGCCACAUGGCCUUACCUACAAACCACUCCUUAACAAGCUGGUCCAGCUCGACAUCAACUACGCUUUUCUCCGCAUAAAAUGCUACACAGAUCGUAUGGCCUUGGUUUUCGCUCAAGUUUACGGGCACCGCAAUGCGAAGUUGCACAUCUCCAACACCUAUCAUAGCCAGAUGGUAUCAACGGCAAGCAAAGGCUCCGGCACGAACACUAUGAGCAAUCAUAACAUCGCGCCGCAAUUCAAAGAAUUUCAGCUUGGUCUUUCGUAUAGCGAGCUCCAACAUCUGGUGGUCAAGACAGUGACCGACUCAAUCACUCGAACUGCUGGUCGCCUCUCCGUGACGUGGAACGCGACAAGCAAGAUCGAGAAGGGCACUCAUGCAACAACCCUGGACGCUAUUCAUGAGGGUGGCAGCGCUGGUAGUGGUAGCGGAGGCGACACCAAAAACUCUUUCGAGAAAGUCCAACGGUGGACGACUCCAGGUUGGCUGGACGAGACGCUCGAUUUGGAAGGCUUUUGUCCCGCAGUAGUAAUACACGACAUGAACACACUCGAUAGCAUGAUGGCCGCCGAUGAGAACAUCAAACUGAGCGUCCUGGAGCUCAAGAUCCGAGCUCGAUCCAAGCCGUUCGAUCGAGGCGCCAUGCGGAACGCAUUCUACGCCAGUAGUACCAUUGCGGACACCAGAUUUGUGUUGAAGUCAUUUCUCAGACACGGCGAGGAUGAACGUGCUCAAGCGGCCGAGGACAUGCGGAUCCAAACAUUGUGCAAGGCUUUCGCUCUUGAGUUCAAUGGUCUGCUCAAGAUCGAACCCCCUCUGGACUUUCUAGUAACGUCCUGCCUACAAAGCAAGUCGAAAACGCGCAAAAAGUGUUCGUCCCUUGAGCUUCUCCUAGAUGGCGAAUAUGUCAAGUACAACAACAACACUGCUUGGGUCAACGAUGAAUUACCCGACGACUCUUUCAAUCAGACCGCGCAAGCUUUCUCGCAUUUCACGUUCGAGCGCUCAUGGGGACUGCUUCUGAUCAAUGAUCUUCAAGGCGUGGAUCAUAUACUGACCGACCCGACAAUCCAAACGCGUGACCCAGAGAGGUUCAAACUGCACCAGAACAACUUGGGCGUCGAGAGCUUCAAGUUUUUCUUUGCUCGGCAUGAGUGCAACAGCGUCUGCCGCGAGCUAGGCCUGCUGAGCAACCGAGAGACGUUCGCAUCAGGCCGAUCCGAGUUCAGGAAAGAAUGGCCAGUUAUGGCGCCCACAGUAUGCUGCUCGAACAAGCUUUGUCGUAGCAUUAUCCGCAUGACCAACUCUCACGAGUCGACAAAAUUUCCUGGUCAACAUUGGUGCAGUACAUGCUGGAAACAACUCAUGGUGCCCGCCGUCAAGUGGAUCUGCAUUGAGCCUGGCCCAAAUCAUGAAUUUGAGGUGUCGAGGUUCUAUCACGAGUCGCAAGGUCAGUUGCCGCCACGCAAAUGCCUUGAGCACCGCGAGAAAGAUGUCACAGAAUCUAGCGCCGCAACUGUGGGUGGAAGUCUGUGGAGUCGUAUGCAAUCUGCGGGUUCCAGAACAUCACUCCUCGGAAAGAGUUGGUGA